GGCGGCGGCGCAGACCCCGCCGGGGCGGCCGGGGCUCCCCGCUCCCCUCGGCGGGUCCCGCGGUCGGUGCUCGCCGUAAAGCGGCGUCGUGCCAAGGCCCGCGAGGUGCCUGGAAGCGCCGGGGCGGCGCGGCCGGUCGCGAAGCAUCUGCUGGCGUGUUCGAGCUGUCUGUCUGUCUGUCUGCUUGUGGGGUUAUUGGAAAGCAACUGGCUCCUCGGGAUUCCUCGCCUAAUCAGAGGUGUUACCUCCUCCUCUUCCCCCAGUGUCUCUUGACAUCAUUUCAUCCAUCAGAGUUUCAGAGGAAAAAAAAAAAAAAAAAAAAAAAACACCAAACCAAAAAAAACCAACCCAAAGCAGAACCCACCCAGUCUGCGAGCCGCCCGCACCAGCCCCUCAGUUUUGCUGUGACUGCAGGGAAGAGCUGGAUCAGGGCAAAGAUGAAGGAUGGGAGCGGGGCUGAGCUCCUUGUCCUGAAGGAUUUGGUGCGGGGCGAAUCGAGGGGAACCCGGAGCGAUGCACCGACCGGCAUCCCCCGCACCCCGGUGCGGGGUCAGUAAACCCCGCGGCCCUGCGUGGGGCUGCGGAGCCGCUUGACCCACGGAAGAAAGAAGCCCUCAAGGUGCGUUUGCUCCCGCCGGUCAUCGCUGCUCCAUGGGACUUCUUCUGCCCCCCGCGACUGGCCUGAUGUGGACCGAAGCGUUUCUAACAUGAACUUUCUCUCUGGGAUCUGGUGGUCUCUUCCCCUGGUCUUGGUCUGGGCGACCCCACCGGUCACCUCCUCAUGGUGGUACAUGGGGGCCGUGGGCUCGUCGCGGGUGAUGUGCGACAACGUGCCGGGGCUGGUGAGCCGGCAGCGGCAGCUGUGCCGGCGGCACCCCGAGGCCAUGCUCUCCAUCGGCCGCGGCGUGGCCGCCUGGACGGCCGAGUGCCAGCACCAGUUCCGCCGCCACCGCUGGGACUGCAACGCCCUGGAGCGGGGGCAGCGCCUCCUCGGCCGCGUCCUGCUGCGCAGUAGUCGGGAAUCUGCUUUUGUACAUGCCAUCUCCUCCGCUGGAGUUGUUUUUGCCAUCACCAGGGCAUGUAGCCAAGGGGAGCUGAAAUCCUGCUCCUGCGAUCCCAAGAAGAAAGGCUCUGCCAAGGACAGCAAGGGCCAUUUUGACUGGGGUGGCUGCAGCGAUAACAUCGACUAUGGCGUUAAAUUUGCCAGAGCCUUCGUGGAUGCCAAAGAACGGAAAGGAAAAGAUGCAAGAGCACUGAUGAACCUUCACAACAACAGAGCUGGAAGAAAGGCCGUGAAGCGGUUUUUGAAACAGGAGUGCAAAUGUCACGGUGUGAGUGGAUCAUGCACUCUAAGGACCUGUUGGCUGGCCAUGGCAGACUUUAGGAAAACAGGAGAUUAUCUGUGGAAGAAAUACAAUGGAGCGAUUCAGGUGGUCAUGAAUCAAGAUGGCACGGGUUUCACUGUGGCUAAUAAGAGAUUUAAGAAGCCAACUAAGAAUGACCUGGUAUACUUUGAAAGCUCUCCAGACUACUGUAUCAGGGACAGGGAUGUAGGGUCCCUCGGGACAGCUGGUCGGGUUUGUAACCAAACCUCCCGCGGCAUGGACAGCUGUGAAGUGAUGUGCUGCGGGAGAGGCUACGACACCUCCCGCGUCAGCAGAAUGACAAAAUGCGAGUGCAAAUUCCACUGGUGUUGUGCUGUGCGCUGCCAGGACUGCCUGGAAGUGGUAGAUAUUCACACCUGCAAAGCGCCAAAAAGCGCUGGCUGGAUCUCCCGGACUUGAUGCACAGGCUACUGAUGCUUGCAGACUACAGCCCUUGCCUUUCCUGGUCCGUGCAAGGAGUGCGUCUGAGGUCUUCUCUACUUUUACGCCAGCUUUGCCUUUGUCUUUCACUGCACAGAAGCUGCUGGAUAAUUAAUACAAACUCUGCAGCAUUUACUUCCUAUUUCUGCAUGACGGUGCUGCUGCAGAGUUGUCUGUGCAUAAACUGAUGCAGCUCUGGAAGCACGUACUUCUGCAGUGACUCUUCCAACCAACACACACAUCUCCUCUGGACUCCACA